ACUUGCUAAACGAGGUCUCAGGGUGUACUUUGUGAUGCCUUGUCCCGACAUGUUCAAUUUCGAUGGUUCUUUUGUUCACAUGACGUGGUCACGGUCCUGAUACAUCGUGAGAUGUAUCGCUUAGCAAACAAGCUACGAAAUGAGUCGGCGUGGUGGAACAAGUAUCCGGUCUGAUAGGCUCUGAAAGUUCAAAGCGAACGUGUGAAAUGUCGUGCAAAGACAACAGAGAUGCUAUCGGCGUACCGUCUUGAAGAGUUACAACAUAAUCAAUGCGAACGCAUCAUUUCCCUGCUGGUCGCCAGAUACCAAGUACAUCUUCCCACAACUUUCUCUUCCCCGUACGCUGGAAAUUUGGAUUUCGAUCCCAUCUGUGAGCUCAAGAUGAAUCUCGACGUAUGGUCAGAGUACGAAUUGCUGGUCGCUUGCAGUGUUGGGGAAGUGAUCUUCAAUCUGAAAGGCGGAACCACAGUCAUACGAAUCACAGACUCUAUUUUAGUGAAGAUUGUGAUGCCGGAUGAUCGUGAAUACAUGAAUCAAAAGGCAGCCUAUCGAGAGCUGCAAGGGACCAAGCUGAAAGUACCCAAGCCGCUUCGACACUUCGUCCGCGGCCUUCGCAGCUAUCUCUUCAUGGAGUAUAUCAAAGGCGGCACUCUAGAGCAACGGUUCGUACGCGAUUCGCACUCGAAAACGUCCUUGCUACCGCGUAUGGUCAAGAGUGACAUACCCGGCUCACUUGCCAGCGAUGGCCUUGUUGGGGGCUUUCCGUGGGGCGAUAAUCGAACUUACAUCCGCUCUGUUGCAGAACUACGAGCCCGCAUUGAUCAGAGACUUCGCAUUCGCCGCCUGACGUUGACCCUGGCGCCUGCACCUUAUGUCCUUUGCCAUCUCGACCUGAAUCUACGAAACAUCAUGAUCGACGAAGGCGAUCAGGUUGUCCUCUUGGACUGGGCGAACGCCGCAUUCUAUCCGUCGAUAUUCGAGCUUGCCAGCUUAUCGUCCUGCGGCGAUGCAUAUCUGCUCACGGAUGAAGACGUAGUCAAUGACUAUGAUUUGAGAUGUCUAUAGACAGCUCAUUCUCUAAGUAUCUGUCGCCACU